AUGCGGGUAACGAAACUCGAGCCUGACGUCAUCACCUACAGCGCCGGGAUCAGCGCCUGCGAAAAGAGCGGGGAGUGGGAGUGCGCGCUGUCAUUGUUCAGCGAGCUGCGGGAGGCGGUGCUGGCGCCCAAUGUGAUCAGCUGCAGUGCUGGAAUCAGCGCGUGUGGCAGGUGUGGUCAGUGGCAGCACGCGCUGUCGCUGUUCGAUGGCAUGCUGGAGGCCACGCUGCAGCCAAAUGCUAUCAGCUACAACGCUGUGAUCAGCGCGUGCGGGAAAGGUGGUCAGUGGCAGCGAGCGCUGUCGUUGUUGAGCGAGCUGCGGGAAGCCGGUUUAGAGCCCACUCGAAUCUGUCCUACAGUUCCGGAGCUAUGGCGUGUGAGAAAGGGGGGCAGUGGCGGCGAGCACUGUGGCUACUCGGCGAAAUGGCCAGAAUCAAGGUGGAGACAGAUGUUUUCUUGUACAGCUCUCUGA